AAACGUUCGAUCGAGAAAUGUUUACAAAGCGGAUUCCUCCGACCCAUCCUCAGAUUGGACUCCGGGGUAAUGUCAGCCAAGAGCGCGCGCCAGGGUGGUGAGCGAAGUCUUCGGAAAUUUUACAGCAGCGGAAGCGCGCGGGAUCAGUUGAAUGAUGAGCCGAUGGUCUCACCAGUCUCAGAGGAUGCAACCGGGAGCCUCGGAUCGUCUGAUAGUCUCAGCGACUCUGGCAACAGGAUGACUACCUCUCAGAGGGAUUCCAAUACGCAGGAGUUCCUAAAAAGACUGUGUGCCCACCUUAGUCCGGAUCAAGAUACGGCGAGCAAACGCUUCCAGAAAGCAAUAGGCAUUCUCAAGACAAGGAAGGCGACCGGGUUCGAUGAGUCUAUCCAGAACGAACAUGUGUAUACAGAGAGGAUCAGAGAGCAUUUGAUUCGCACUCAGGGACAGGAUGCCGCGGAUAGGUUCCUGAAGCUCAGUAGUCAACUGGCUCUGAAAUGCCACGCGAAAGGAGAUUAUAUCUCGAAUCGCACGGCUCUGCAUUCGUUUUUGCUCACUCUGACGUCGGGGAUCGACGACACGAAUCACAACAGCUUACCUCAGCCGGCUCAGAACGAUAGACUCAUCCAGAUAUUCCGUCGACAGAAAGCUGGCCGCUCUAAUAGUCGGCCCCUGUCGACGCCAUGUCCGCCUACGAUCGACGCAGGAGAUGAGCAGCUUGACAAGAAGAUUCUCAAGAGUCUUCUGAAUUUCCUUGUCGGUCUAAGAUCGGAUCUGAUCUCCAUCAAGGUCGACGAGGGACGAUUAUCGUUCACCAUAGUCGGCAUCGUCAGUACUCAAUUGGGUUAUAGGAUCGCGAUGGCUGGGGAAGUCGCUGAGCACUUCGUCAGGUUGUCGAACUUCACCCAGCUCGCCGCCAAAUCCAAAUCACUGGUCGUGCAGAGACUAGCCGAGGCUGUCGAGCAGCAACUCUUACGGCACAAGCAGUUGGUCGCGUUGUUGGAACAAAUGGCGAACGCCGGCCAGCUGAGUCUCGCUCGGUUGGAAUACCUCUGUCUCCAGCCGGACAAUUUGAUGCACCGAUUGGCUGCUGUCUGCGCGCCUUUCAUCGAAAACGUCAGAGUAAUCAAUGGUAACGAGGUGCUCGAUGUUCUGUACGAACAAGCUGCCUGCUCGCCGACGAACAGCGACUACUACAAAUUGGUGAACGGGCUGUUGGAACGUGUGCUCCGACCCUGGCUGGAAAUGCUCCACUCUUGGAUGCUACGAGGCGAUCUGUCGAAUACCCACUGGGAUUUCUUCAUUCACAAUGUCGGUCGGGAAGGAGUGUCGAAUCUCUGGUACGAGAAAUUCGCCAUCAAGAAAGAAUACGUUCCCGCCUACCUCAACACCGAAGACACCCGUAAGAUCCUCUCGGUGGGCAAAGCCAUGGUUUUCUUGAAAGAGGCUGACGACGUGCACAACGUGUCGGAUGUCCAGUCUCGACUCAAAACGAUUUUCACUGAUGAAGCCUGUCAGAAGGACUUCCUGAGGUCCGCUUACAGCCUGACGAUGGACCGGAUGAAAACUGUGAUUCUGGAUAACUUCCACCUCAAAACCCACUUAUCGCUGAUUCGUGAUGUCGUGCUCUUAUAUGACGGUGUCUUCAGUAAAGGACUUCUGAGCAACCUGAGCGGAGAAUUCGCCGAUAGCACGAGGAGCCAAGUGGAACGCUCGGAGAUCACCAGGAUGAUCUAUAGGCUCCUGCCGGAAUUCCCGGAGCUCGAAGCAGCGUCGCUGAUCAGUGUGAACUUCAACGCGGGUGGAGAGGACGCUCCCUUGAUGGAAGGAUUCGGCCUGAGUUACAAGCUCCAGGAGCCAUUGUCAUUCGUUUUCCGAAAUGAUUCCUUCGCUUUGUAUCAUCGCAUUUUCGCACAUCUCUUCAGAGUGAGGAAGUUUUCCUACUUGUUCACUGAGCUGAGCGCGGAACUCCAAAUGUUGAGAGCGAAAACCCCUGAAAUCGCAGGUGUAUUAGCUCAGAGUCGUCUCUUCCUCCACGAGAUCAUGAACUUUGUUUUCAAUCUAGAAUCAUAUCUUUUCUCUCACGUUGUCACCACAGCUUGGGUGGAGUUGGAGCACAGGAUCGAUGCCAUGACCUCUGUGGAUGAUCUCAGUAACGCGCACAUCGAAUUCGUGGAGAAUCUUCUCAGAGGAGUCUUUCUUGAAGGCGACGAUCUCGCUGGAACGCAUCUCAGGAUAUUGUUCGUGGAGAUGGAUGAGAUACACUCGUUGACCCGUCUGCUCAUCGAUGGCAUCGAAUCUCCGAGCAAGACCGCAGCCUCGACAAGAACCCUUCUGAAUGUGUUCGCGAAAUGCGAUGCACGAAUCAAGCGUUACAGGACGAGCAUGCUAGAAUUCCUGCGUAUCCUGAGUGAGCACGAGGACGACAAGAUGGUUCAAUUCCUUUGGAUGAACUUUGAUUUCAACCUGUUCUACUCGGAACAGCACCACUCGUUGAAAAUGUCAACCACUCAGGCGUUCCGGAACAAGAUCAAGAUCAGUCGAAGCCUUCUGACGAGUUCGUUGAACACGAGCUCUAUGAAUACGUCACUGGAAUGA